CCAAUCAAGGGAUUGUAUAAUAUAGAUCUGAAAAAUGUUGUAGAUAUAACAAAACCCCCUCCUAACAUAACAUCGAUUACACCAGUACCAGAUACACAAACUAAAAGUUCUCAGGAUAGCAUUUUUGAAAUGCAACGUGAAACAUAUGCUACAAAACUGUUUAGUUUAAAAAAAGAACUUGAGACAUUACAAAUUCAGUAUGACACAUUUAAGUUGGAUAAUACAGAUGGUCGUCGUAAUAAUGAAUUAAAAAAAAAUAGAAAAGCACAGGAUGAUGUAAAUGGAAAAAUUAAGGGUGUAAAUAAUAUUCUUGAAGUAUUAAAUACAAUGAUUCCAAAAGACUCAAUAAAAGAAAUUAAAAAAGUCGAACCGAAAAAAAUAACAACAGAAUCUGAGUAUGUGAAAACCCCUACAGAAACUGUACAACAAGAUGAAGUUUCUAAUAUACGUAAGAAUCGACAUCGCAGUACUUCUUCAUCUUCAUUGGAACUAAAAAAAAAAAGGAAUAAAUCUAAUAAAUCCAAUAAAUCAAAAAAAUCUUCGAAAGUACAUUCUUCUUCAGAAGAAGAAACUGAUUCUAAGAAAUCAUACAAAUCUAAAGAGUUAAUUGAUACCAGUAAAAAAACAAAACGUAAUGAGAAACUACCUCAAUUCAAUCAUGUUUACUGUGAUUCAUGCAUUCAUUGGUGUCAGCCAUGUAAUAUUUUUCCAAAAACUGCAAAAGAAUAUUUAACACAUUUGCACAGUGAAUCCCAUACCAAAACUUUGGAGGAAUUAAAUGUUGUUGAAUUACCAUGGCAUGAUACACAAACUGAACCUACUCAACCUGAAAAAAAUCCUGAACUACCAAAUAAACGAGUACCUAUCAAAGGUUUGGAGUUUUUUAUUGGAACUCAAGCUUGGUAUUGCAAACUGUGUGACACUUGGAUUGGAGAUCUUCAUUGCGCUUCAGCACAUUUUAAAUCUAAACAACAUAAUGAUUUAUAUGCGGAACUUAUAGCAAAGCAGCCAAAUUGGGAAAUUGAUUGGCUUACAAAAAGAACUCGGGCGUUUGAAAAGUCCUUAUCACAAGCAAGUACAAUUAAACAAGAUCCAAUUAAAGAAAAUAAAUCUAAAGAAUACAUUUCUGAACCCAAGAUUGAGAAGUCUUUUUUUGAGAAAGAGCCUAGAAAAGAGAGGGAAAAAGAAAAAUUACGUGAAAGAGAUAGAGAUAGAGAAAGAGAUCGAGAUAAAUAUAAAAAAGAAUUAAGUCGAAAACCCACAGAUUUAAAAAGUCAGUUAAGUCCUGACAAAGAGAUUAAUGAUACAAAUAAUGUAUCUUUAUCAGAUUGGAUGAAACCAGUUGAUUUACCUGUAGAAAAAAGUAUGAUUACUUUAAAGGAAUCUGUGCAGAAAUCUAAAGACAGAUUGCAUAAAAAUAAAUCUGAUGAAAUUGAAGAAUCCCGUAGAUCUAACCAAUCUAAUGUGCAUGUAGUAAAAAAGCAACGACUUGAAGAACCAAAGCCUCCACCAAUUGUGUGUGAAAAAAAAGAUGAAAGUUUUAAUUUAUCUCACCGUACUAGCAGAAUAAAAUUACCUUUUAUUGGAAAAAUGCCAUUUGCAAAGCCAAUUAGUAAAAAAUCAAAUUCAUCUACUAAAGAUAUACCCAAUUUUACUGUUGAAAGUACAACUAAUGAACCUAAAGAAAACUUGAUGGAAUCUGUGGCUAUUCAAAAAAUGUUAAUUGAAAAAAUGAUCACUGCAGCAAAUGAAAAAAAGAUCGAAAAGCAUAUAUUACCUGUUGACAUGGAUAUAGAUGAUGAUAAUGAAAAUAAUGAUGGUAUUGUAAAUUCAGAAACUGAUUCAAUUGAAACACAACUGAACCGUUCACAAUCAGGAAAUCAAAUACAUCAGAUGUAUAGUCAACCUCAACCACAUACUCCUAAUACAUUACCUCAAGAUUUAAGUACUGCAUUGAAUAUGAUUUUUCCUUGCAGUGAAACUUCUUCGGUAGUACCAUCUAUAAACACACCAAUUAAUCCUCAAGUUCAUAAUCCAUUAAUUCAUCAACAUUACAAUAUGCCAUAUGGUGUAGCAAAUAAUUUAAGUAUUUCGCCUGAAAGAAAGAAAAAGAAAAAUGCCCCAUCUCAACGAAAACGUAGACAUAUGAAGAAAAUUAUGGGUAAAGAAGGAGAAGUUACUAAAGAUGAUUAUGACGAAGAUGAUGACGAUAAAUUAGAAGACCCGAUUAUUCAGGGGCCUAAAGAAGAAAAUAAUAAGAAAUCAAAUGGCAAUGAAUCUGAUGGGGAUGAACUUGCUAUGCUUGGUAUUGAUGCAGAAGAUAUGGCUGCACAAUAUUAUUGAAAAUUAUCGAUUUUAUUAUGUGACAGUUCCUUUAUGUAUAUACAUGUAUUAUAUAUAAAUUUUAAUUUUAAAACUACCUUUCUAAAUAGUUUUACUUAUAUUUUGCUUGAACAAAUUUUAAAUGUAAAAGUAUGUUUAUAAAUAUUAUAAAAAUAAUAAUUUACACAUAAUUAAUGAUUAAUAGGUAUCGUUGGAAAUGGUAAAAUUAAAUUGAGUGCUAUUAUCCCAAUUGUUGAUACAUCAUUUGAUGUAUUAAUUUGGUCAUUAAAUGUUGUUUAAUAUGUAUUAUUUACAACAAAUAAAAAAAUGAAUUUUCAUUUUAAAUUCUA